CCAAGUGUUAGGGGCACAGAGUAAAUCAGGACCAUGCAGUCAGCAUUGAUUUUAUGUAUUUGUGUAGGUGUAUUUGUAGGAGCUUCGGCUGUGGAAGCAGACCCACCAAAUGCACUGGGAAAGAUUACUGAGAAUGGGACAAGCACUGACAUUACAAACACUCCAGAGGUGGAGACAGCAGUGGAAUAUUCAAGGAAGAAGAGAGCAGCCGAGAAACCAAAAAAAGGCACAGCUAAGGACAAGCAGGAGCCAGAUAUGGGGCGGACUUUGGCAGCGUGGGUGGAGCUAAAUUCCAUCCUAAAAAUGAGAGGCGAUAUUUCAGGUAAACUGAGCACGGUACUACACGAACUGGGGCAUGAAAAGAGCCGCCUUCUUGACCAGGCUAAUGAGCCAGCAAAAAAGAAAAAAGAAGAAGACGAUGAAGAUGACGAUGAGGAAGAAGAUGAUGAUGAAGAGGAAGAAGAAGAAGGAGAAGAAGAAGAAGGAGGAGAAGGAGGAGAAGGAGGGGAAGAAGGAGGAGAAGAAGAAGGAGGUGAAGAAGAGGAAAAUGAAGGAGGGGAGGAAGAACAGGUAGAGGAAGAGGAGAACGAGGCAGCUGGGAACAGUACAGCAGAAUUGCUACCAGAGGGUUGCCAAGUGAAUGAAACAGAGAUUUCAUGUGCAGAGGCUGGCAUUGCAGAACUUCCCAUCAUCAAUGACCUGAACAUCACUACACUUGACUUAGCUGGAAACAACUUCACUACAUUACCAUCUGAGGCUUUCUCUGGUAUGCCCAACCUGGAGGUCAUCAACUUGAGCAGAAACUUUCUGGAUGAUUCCUCUAUCAGUCCUGACUUUUUCAAGAAUCUGACAAACCUAAAAGUGCUGACUCUUGAUGGCAAUGGUCUAGAAACAAUCCCACAACUGCCAGGAUCUCUGGAGGAGCUGAAAAUAAAUGACAACAAGAUAAACCAAGUGCUUUCUCACAACUUGGAAGGUUUGACCAACUUGCUCCACUUAGAGCUGGCAGGAAACAUCCUGUGGGAGGGCAGUGUUGAGCCCUUGGCCUUCCAACACCUCCCCACUCUCAAGCACCUGAGGCUAGACAACAACCGAUUCACUUCCAUUCCAAAUGGAUUGCCUGCAUCUCUAGAGGAUUUGAGUAUGCCACACAAUCAGCUAGUGGAGGUGCAGGAAAAUGUUCUUAUGAACUCUGCCCACUUGAGAGCCCUGGAUCUGAGCCACAACCUCCUGAGUGACACCAGUUUCUUCCCUGGAGCCUGGAUUGACCUGCCGAAGCUGGAGACUCUGGAUCUGUCACACAACCAGCUGUACGUGGUACCUGCACACUUGCCCAGAGUUUUGCGACAGCUCUCCCUGCAGCACAACUUCAUCCAGUCCAUCCCUCCCGACACACUGAGCCACCUGCGGCCAGGCCUCCAGUCACUGCACCUCUCUCACAACCAGCUGCUGGAGCAUGGGAUGCUAGGGAAGGCCUUUCGUGGAGCUUACAAAACGUUAGAGGAGCUCCACCUAGACAACAACAGGUUGGAAAGGGUCCCACCAAACAUUCGCUACUUCAGGAACCUGCAUCAGCUGCGGCUUGAUCACAAUCUUAUCAGUGUUGUUCCAGUGAAAUCUGUGUGUAAGAUCAGUCUCACUAACGCAUCCCCUUUGCUGGCUCUUCAUCUGGAGAACAACUACCUGGAUGUGAACAGGAUCCCACGAAAGGCUCUGUCCUGCAUCCCCGAGCUUCAGAGGAUCAUCCUGGAGCCGCAGAAUCAUAAUGAGAUUGUGUAAAAGUUCUGCAGAUCGCUCCUCAUCUCAUCUGCUUGCUGUUGAGUUUAAAAGCACACACUAAUUUGAAUUGUUUAUUUAUCUAUUUAAUUCAAAGGCGUGAUUCAGGGUGAUUUUCUGUAUUUCUUAAGGCACUGUUGGCUCUAUUUUCUGUGUAUUCUGGACGUCUUCUUAUUCCGGUCUUUAUGCCACAGCAGUAUCUUUGCUUAUCUUUUUCGGAAGAGAUGCCAGUGCUGCGUUAAAUAUUGUUCACGUCUUACAAUUGAUUGUUACAAUUUAUUGUUACAACUUAUUAUUACUUAUAAUACAACCCCUUGGCUAAAUGUUUGUAUGUCUGCAAAGUGUCUUAAAUACAAAUGUGCAUUUACACUUGCUACAAAAGUGAUUAUCAAUAUAAUGUUCCU